CGCACUCGCUCGCGCUCCCCCUCGCGCACACACAUGGUCGGCUCGCGGCAAAGUUUCGCCGGCGAUCGCCACUCCGGGAGCCUGCCGCAGGGCUCGGGGCUGUAACCUUGAACUUUCCCAGCGCGGUGACACAUUCUCCUCGCUCUCCCGCCCGCCCGGUCUCCUGCGCCCCACUCCCCGCCUUUUUUAAAAAAGCAUUUCACCACCUACCACCACCACCCCGAUCCGACCCACCCCGAACCUUCGCGCACCCCCCGGCCCCCACCACCACCACCAACUGCAAAACAGAAAACAAAUCCCCAAAACCCAGGCGAAAAGCAGGCAACACCAGCGGCGGCAGCGGCCUCGGCGAGCACGGCCAGCGCGCUCGGACUGCAAGAGGGUUAAAAGUGUAGAUUGGAUUUCACCCCGGGAAAUCUAGCACGCCGAGUGAACUUGAAUCUUUGGCUAUUUAAGGAGGACUGGGUUUGUUGUGAAGUUGCGGUGAGCCAGCGCAGAGCCCCGUCCUGAUUGAUCGCAUCGCGGGGCUCAGAUGACUGUAAAAUGAAUAGAUGAAAUUCUUGCUUCUCGAAGAUUUUCUUGGGCAUCUCCGGGAAAGUGCGUUUUAAGGCGAAGUCAUGAUGUAUUCUCCCAUCUGUCUUACUCAGGAUGAAUUUCACCCAUUCAUCGAGGCACUACUUCCACAUGUCCGUGCAAUCGCCUAUACUUGGUUCAACCUGCAGGCUCGGAAACGCAAGUACUUUAAAAAGCAUGAGAAGCGAAUGUCAAAGGAUGAAGAAAGAGCAGUCAAAGAUGAGCUUCUCAGCGAAAAGCCUGAAAUCAAACAGAAGUGGGCAUCCAGGCUCCUGGCCAAACUGCGCAAAGAUAUCCGCCAGGAGUACCGAGAGGACUUUGUGCUCACCGUAACUGGCAAGAAGCAUCCGUGCUGUGUCUUAUCCAAUCCAGACCAGAAGGGUAAGAUUAGGAGAAUCGACUGCCUGCGACAGGCAGACAAAGUCUGGCGUCUGGAUCUAGUCAUGGUGAUCCUGUUCAAAGGCAUCCCCUUGGAAAGUACCGAUGGAGAGCGGCUCAUGAAAUCCCCACAUUGCACAAACCCAGCACUUUGUGUCCAGCCACAUCAUAUCACAGUAUCAGUUAAGGAGCUUGAUUUGUUUUUGGCAUACUACGUGCAGGAGCAAGAUUCUGGACAAUCAGGAAGUCCAAGCCACAAUGAUCCUGCCAAGAAUCCUCCAGGAUACCUUGAGGAUAGCUUUGUAAAAUCUGGAGUCUUCAAUGUAUCAGAACUUGUGAGGGUAUCCAGAACACCCAUAACCCAGGGAACUGGAGUCAACUUCCCAAUUGGAGAAAUUCCGAGCCAACCAUACUAUCAUGACAUGAACUCGGGGGUCAAUCUUCAGAGGUCGCUGUCUUCUCCACCAAGCAGCAAAAGACCCAAAACUAUAUCUAUAGAUGAAAAUAUGGAACCAAGUCCUACAGGAGACUUUUAUCCCUCUCCGAAUUCACCAGCUGCUGGAAGUCGAACAUGGCAUGAAAGAGAUCAAGAUAUGUCUUCUCCGACUACUAUGAAGAAGCCUGAAAAGCCAUUGUUCAGCUCUACAUCUCCACAGGAUUCUUCUCCAAGAUUGAGCACUUUCCCCCAGCACCACCAUCCCGGAAUACCUGGAGUUGCACACAGUGUCAUCUCAACUCGAACUCCACCUCCACCCUCACCGUUGCCAUUUCCAACACAAGCUAUUCUUCCUCCAGCCCCAUCGAGCUACUUUUCUCAUCCAACAAUCAGAUAUCCUCCCCAUCUGAAUCCUCAGGAUACUCUGAAGAACUAUGUACCUUCUUAUGACCCAUCCAGUCCGCAAACCAGCCAGCCUAACAGCAGUGGUCAAGUAGUAGGGAAAGUGCCUGGCCAUUUCACGCCUGUCUUGGCACCCUCUCCCCAUCCCAGUGCAGUGCGACCUGUGACCCUGACCAUGACAGAUACUAAACCCAUCACUACAUCCACUGAAGGUGAGGCAGCUUCACCUACAGCAACCACCUACACAGCCUCAGGCACAUCUCAAGCCAAUCGAUAUGUGGGACUAAGCCCAAGAGACCCAUCCUUCCUACAUCAGCAACAGCUGAGGAUUUGUGACUGGACCAUGAAUCAAAACGGCAGGCAUUUAUACCCCAGUACCAGUGAGGAUACAUUGGGAAUUACUUGGCAAAGUCCUGGUACCUGGGCUAGCUUGGUUCCUUUCCAAGUAUCAAAUAGGACACCCAUCCUACCGGCAAAUGUCCAAAAUUACGGUUUGAACAUAAUCGGAGAACCUUUCCUUCAAGCAGAAACGAGCAACUGAGGGAAAAUGAAAUACAACAGUAGUUUAAGAAUUUUUUUUUUUAAAAAGGAACUGAGGAAGACUGGACAAAACAAAAAAGGGAGAAAGGAAAGAAACUGAAGAAAGAAGAUAAUAGACCAGCAAUUGCAGCACUUACAAUCACUAAUUCCCUUAAGGUUGAAACUGUAAUGACGUAAAAAAGGGUCGAUGAUAUUUCACUGAUGGUAGAUCGAUCGCAGCCCCUGCAACGUAGCCUUUGUUACAUGAAGUCCGCUGGGAAAUAGAUGUUCUGUCUCUAUGACAAUAUAUUUUAACUGACUUUCUAGAUGCCUUAAUAUUUGCAUGAUAAGCUAGUUUUAUUGGUUUAGUAUUCUUGUUGUUUACGCAUGGAAUCACUAUUCCUGGUUAUCUCACCAACGAAGGCUAGGAGGCGGCAUCAGAGGUGCUGGGUGACGGAGCCAUGAGCCAGCCAUUUUAUAAGCACUCUGAUUUCUAAAAGUUAAAAAUAUAUAUAUAAAAUCUCUGUAGCCUUUAGUUAUCAGUACAGAUUUAUUAAAUUUUGGCCCUUAACCCAGCCUUUUCCAGUGUGUAACCCAGUUUGAAAUCUUAAAAAAAAAGAAAAAAAAAAAGGAAAAAAGAAAAAAGGUAAAAAAAAAAAAAACAGUUUGAACACAAAGGCUCUAUGGAAGAAAUGCCUCUAUGUAGGUGAAGUGUUAUCUCUGCAUGCAACAGUAAAAAUUAAUAUAAUAUUUUCCCCACAAAAGAAACACUUAACAGAGGCAAGUGCAAUUUAUAAAUUUAUAUCUAAAGGGGAAUCAUGAUUAUAAGUCCUUCAGCCCUUGGACUCUAAAUUGAGGGGAUUAAAAAGAAUUUAAAAUAAUUUUGAACGAAUUUAUUUUCCCCUCAGUUUUUGAGGGCAUUAAAAAGGCAUUAAAUCAAGACAAAUCAUGUGCUUGAGAAAAAAAAAAAUUAAUGAAAACACAGCACUUAUGUUGGUUUAGCUGCAGCCUCCUUGGAGGUAGAAUUUAUUUAUUUAAAAUUACUGGUUGCAUCAAGAACCCAUAGGGUAUACAAAAGGUUCUAUAAAAUCUGCAUUAUAGAGACAAAGAGGCAGGCAAAUCCAUGUCACAAGGGUAAAGCUAACAGUUUACAAACUGGGAACGCCAGGGUGUAGGAUAUAAAAUGCACUCUUGAGGAAGCAGAUGUAAUCAGGGUGCUGAAAACUUGCAUGGUGCUUUCAGACAUUAGCCUUGUUCAACAAAUUUCUUGUAUUGACAGAUCUGUAGUGUGCAUGGGCAGACACAUUUUGCCUCUAUGUCUCUUAAAAUUUUAAUUAAAAAUACUCUUUCCAGUAAUCCUAAUUUGCACGAAGAUAUAAUGUCCACAUUACGUGCCUUGCCUUGAAAUCUAAAAAACAAAAAAAAAAAACACAAAAAAGUGACAUCACUACACUUGUUUUGCUGCAUUUAUUAUCAUUUUAAAUCUUUACCAUUUUUAUGACAAAAUAUUUUGUACUCCAGACGAAGAAAAAUGUGUGACAUCAUGGAUUUUUUAGACAGUUAUACCUUUAUCUCACAUUUAUAAAGCAUAUCAUGGCUGUGUAUAGUUGCCGCUUAAAAAUUGUAAUCGACCAGCAAUAUUUUCAGUAUUUUGGUGUUUUUUCUAUUAACCUUUCAUGUUUUUCAUCUUCCAAUUAAUAUUUGGGGGGGAGGGGUUUCAAAUUUAUACGAAUUAUGCAAUACCAAGUUUUGCCUAUGUAGGUAGUGCUUUUAGCUGUAUUGGUUAUUAUAGGUAAGUACACAGAUUUAAAAAAAAUAAUGUAUGCUUUUUUUUGUUUGUUUGUUUUAAUUGACCAAAGUGGGUACUGCUAUUUUUGCAGUGUGAUGAGGUCCUUUUGUGUACUGAGAGAUGGACAGGGGAUUUUUUUUAAUAUACAUAUAUAUAUAUUCUGGGGUGGGUGGGAGGAUUUUUAACACUUUACAGUGUAGCUGUGAAGCAGUGCACCCUGAGAUGGGCCUGGGCUGCAAAGCGACUGUUCUGCCUACUGUGACAAACUUCAACUUACACAGGUUCCCCCUUCUCUAACUUCCUACCUGGGGUGCAAGCUGAACUCAUUUCUGGUGUUCAUAACAACAAACAUAGUAAGAACAAGCAAACACAAAACAUUCUUCUGGAGGCAGACUUGGCUUAAAACAAACUGUCUUUUAUCAUUUUUUUGUUGGUGGUGGUGAUUCUUGCAAGUUGUGGAUCAACAGUGGAGAGUGAGCCUGUCUCAUAUUUGGCAGAGAUAGUCUUUGAAAUGUCCACAUCGUGGGUAUUUCAUGCUUUGGGAGUUGAACACACGAGUAUGACUUUCUCCUGUAUGAAACGUCAUCCCAAUAGGAGGGAGUGCUCCUCUGUUCUUUCUCCACCACUUCUCUUCCCCAUUUAUUCAUUUCAUUAAAGAUAGUGUAUGAUUUACCUGUGACUCACUAUUUCAAAUGGAUGGCAGUGUGCUUGGAUUUUUUUUUUUAGUAUAUCCUGAAGAUUGAACAGAGGGUUGCUAUUAUUAAAUGUAUUUAGACUUAUAGAUUAAAAAUGAAAGUUCAAAUUUUAGGGAACAAAAAAAAAAAAAUCAAUCUUAAAUUUUCAUGUUACCUGCCCUUGCAAACCGGAGCAGAAGGAAAAUUCAGAAUUUUAAAAAAUUAAUCUUCCUGUGGAUAAAUUAAGCCUAUUAGAUGAUGAUGGGACCUUAAAAAGGGUUGGUACCUCAAGUGUGCAUAUAUAUAUAUAUAUAUAUAUAUAUAUAUAUUUUAUAUAUAUAUAUGUGUGUGUGUGUGUGUAUUUGAUCUAGUUUCCCUGAGGGCUAGAAGAUGGAAGGAGACUGGUUUUAUUUUGCCCUCCCACCCACCAGCCCCCAGUCCCAAUGAGGAAAUUCAUUACUCCAAGGAAAAUCUGUCAAAAUUAGUGACACUGAGGGGCUACCUUGAGGAGUCCCCCAACCCAUAUCUCCCAGGCCAUGACCUAAUAAAAUAAACUAUCCAUUGUUCUCACAGCAUAUCAUUUAAUAACGAAUACUUUAGAACAAUGCUUAUGAGCCUGAGAAUUGUGUUUGAUGAGCUCAUUCAGUUUGAUAGUCCAACUGCUGAAUAGCACGGCAGGAUCCUAGCAGCACAGGUUCCAGAGGAAGUCCCGGUCAUUUCUGUAAUCCUUGCCUUGGUAGACAACAGAUCAUCUCAGCCAAGCUCUCCUUGUCUGUUUUGACCUACUAGGUGAACUAAUCAACCUCACAGGACAUGCAGUAUUUUUUAAGGGCAGACUCGCUCUCUUUUUUGCCAGUGAAUGAGCAGUUCUGGCUAACUAAGUUACACACUGUGUGUAUUCCUGCCUGCCUCUUGAAUACAAAGGCCUAGUUCAAGUGUUGCUUUUUUUUUUUUUGAAAUCGUUUUUUUUUUUCUCCUUUCCUUUUGAGAUAAAACUAUUGAAAAUACUACUAUAUAUAUAAUCUAAACUCCAUUUUUCAGCCUCCUCUUUUACCAGGAAGUAUAUUCUGACGAAGGGCCCCACUUUUGCAGGUCUUGCACGCCCCUCCCUUCCCCAGAACUGCAGAGCUUCAGGAUGGUGAAGGUCACCCAAGGGCACCAGUAGGAGGUGGUGGCUCCUGCCCCUGGUUCUGUGGCACUGCUCAACCUGUGUUGCGUUGUUUCGCAGCCCACCGUGCAGUGUUUCCUCUGGAGUGACAUGAGCGUUUGAGGCUUGUCUAAGGGAAAAGAAAUAAAAGGCAGUGAAGGAGACUGUACAUAAAGACAUGGCAAAAAUCUUAAUUAUAGCAAUAUAGUUAUGGGGUAAUGUUCGGGUGGGCAGCUCCAUUAAAAAAAAUAUGUGAAUGAAUCUGUGAAGCUGCAAGUAGCAAGAAGAGCGAAAGGUCUUCUUAAUGAACCGCCUACCUUGUAGACAGUAAUUUGUACACUGUAUAGUUUUGUUAAGAAUUUUUUUUAAAUUAAAAUUCCCAUGUUUGUAAAGCUAACUUUUUAACAAUUAUAAUGGAACUAUAUGUUGUUUCCAUUUUUAAAGUAAACAAGAAUAUUCCUUGUUUAGAGACUGGACUUGAGUUAAAACUCUCCAGUCUCUUAAGUUAUGUAUUAAAAAAAAAAAAAUCUGUCCAUGUUAGGAGCUAUUUCACAGAUUCCUGUGCUUAAAAAGCAUAGGAUACUAAUCCUUUAAAAAAGUGUAAAUGGAGAAAAGUUAUAUUUUAUGAAGGUUAUUUUGUUGUAUUUAGUAUUGGAAAAGUUGGUUUUCAGAGCAUUUCAGAAUGUCAGAAGCACCACUGUCUUUUUAUUAGUAUAUACGGCCUUUAGCAAAAGUUUUUGUGAUUGUUGCGUGAUGGUAUUUAAGUUUCACAGAGCAUUCAGGAUAGGCAGAAAACUAAAACCGUGCUAUGUCUCACAUAAUGUGUCCUCAGGGAGCAGAAUCUUGGAUUUGUGACUUGUAGCUUCAUAAGGACUCAACAAAAGAGAUUGCACAGGGACAUCUUCGGCGGUGUGACACCAGGACAUGUUCUUUACCUAGAUUCAAAAUCUCUGUACUGUGUGGAAUGAUGAAGGCUGCAGAAAGUUAUCCCCUAUUAAGUGUACAGUAUUCAUUUUUAAUGAAACAACUCUACAAUAUUGCUGGCAGAUAGGCCCCAAGCAUGACAUUCAAUAUAGUUUACAUGUUCCUGUCAAGGUCUUUUGUUAACAUUAACCAGCUGCAUGCUUCCUGGACUUUAAAAAAUUGGGUUUCUAUAGAAAACUUUUUUUUUUUUUAAUGUGCAGGCUAUUCAAGUUCAACAGUAAAAGCUCAAAAUUGAAUGUUCUACUCCAUGCUGAAGGAGCUGAAAGCUGCCUUCUUCAUAUUUUGCACUUUCUGGUAUUUCCCCUGUUUUUUCUAAUUCCUUAAAAAUUGUGUGGGUGGGGUGGAGCACUGCAGUUGGGGGGUAACAUGGACCACUGAUUUUGCCCUUUGACCCUGCACAAUGACCUUUGCAUCAGCCAAACUCAUUGCCAUGACAACUCUUUGUACUGUGUCUGUGCCACAGAUCUGUUGGUUACAUUGUUAAUAGUAAAGGGGACAAGUUGGAGACGGUCAAUUUUUACAUUUUUUGUUGCAAUUUUUUCUUCAAUGGUUGUAAGUAGUUUUUUUUUUUUUUUUAAAUAAAAGGGUUCACUAGUUA